AAAAAAACACUACUUCCGGUUCAAAAAAUAACCCGACUUAUCGUCUGCUCUUUUUUCGGGGAAUUCCUUUUUGCGAGCGUGGUGUCUUUCUGAAGUAAACUUGGAAACCUCCGACAUGACCAACUUCAGCUGUAUGUAUUGUCAAGUAUUUUACCAGAAAUUAACAACGUAACCAUGACAACUGAACCAUCUUCAGUGAUCCUUACAGUUCGUCUGAUCAGAUCAUUUGAGCAUCGUAACAUCAAGCACAUUGUUUACAAGAACGUCUCUUUGGACAUGAAAGUCGGCAAGUUUAUUGAAUUUGUGAAAACAGAUAUCAAGACAAGAGCUGGCAUACUGCCCCCAUUCAGAACACACAACUACGACACGCUGAAAAUCCAGCAUAAAGCUUUUGGAGCAAAGACCAAUGAUCCAGCCAUUAACACUGAGAAUGAUGAAGAGUUAAUACUUAAAGAUGAUGCAACACUAGCGGACUCCAAAAUUGAGUCAGAAACGGAACUAUCAUUUUUCCGACGCGAUGAGUAUGAGAGCUACAAAGCCAACCCUGUCAGGUCCUGGUAGGAUUAUCUUCAUCCACUAUCAUUCGUUUUAUCAUCAUCAUCAUCACCAUCAUUAAUCAUAGCCAAAGACGUUGCUUUAGAAUUGCAAAGUUCGUGGGUCCAAAUCCCACCCUAGUGAUAUGCCUGUGAUUUUGUUCACAGAAUUUGGGAAAGCACUCAGUGUACACUGGUAGUACACACAGGUGUAUAGGUAAAACCAAACUGAAUAUCACUUCCAUCAAAACCAUCAGCUUGGAAAGAUUACAGAGAUAAUUUCUGAUAGCCUGACUAAAAAACAGAUUUGAAGGUCAAAAGUAGUCAGGCAGAUUGGGUACAGGACUCGUGAACCCAUGGUGUAUUUUGGGCAUUAGACCAAAGCAAGUCUGUGACUUUGUUUUUGAAGGGGCGCUUCAAUUUACCCCUAGUCACGAACACCUGUAGGAGGAUAAAGCUAAUUUUCUGAUAGAACCUUAAAGACUAACUAAAACUAAAAAAUUAUUAUUAUUUUGCUAUAGAAAGGUAAAGAAGUGAGUAAUGAUUAAAUAUAUUAUAACUAAAACUCAAUAUCAAUUUUUUUGGUUUAAUGUAAGAAGAAACAAACAAUCGUUUUGGUCGCUGUCGUGCUGGGCAAAAAUGCAGAGUUUCACUUAAAAAUUCCCUAAAAAGCCUAGGAAACAAAGCAGCAAUGUGACAUCACACAAUGGACUCGAUCGAAACAAAACAAUGGAAAAUGCAUGGCAAGGAUUAUAAACAACCUUCAUCCAGAUUGUGGUGUGACCUAAUGGUUUAUGUCAGUUUGCUCUUUCAACAAAAUAGUCUAACUCCACCCGGCAGCAUGGUAAAUCAUGUACAGUAACUGUAAUUAUCGUAAGACCAUAUUUGAAAUUAACAAUGUAUUGUGGUGUGUCAUGGCCGAGCGGUUAAGAGUACCGGACUCAAGCUCUGGUGUUUGAUCAGCAGAGUGUAGGUUCGA